CGCUAACGCCGCCGACGAGUAGCGCGAGCAGGACGCCGUGGCCCAUGCCCGAUCCGGAUAGUGCCGGAUACGAGGAGAUGCAAUCGGCGGCAACGGCGCAAUGUCGCCGUCGUCUCCCAGAUCUGGUACACCCGUUGCCAGGAGCGCGCGUGCCAACGGGACCAAAUUCGGGCAUUCGACUCAGCUCACUUCUUAUUUUUGCCAUGACGACGACGACCCACUACCUGACGCUGAGCCUCCGCAGCGUCGAGAUGCUAGUCGCACUCCUCGCCGUCGUCGUGCUCUGCCAUGUCUUUCACCCGGUCAAGCCCCCGGUGCGCAAGCUGCUCGUGCUCCCGGGUUCGUACACGGUGGGCACCAUGCUUGUGGCGAGCAUUGCAGCGUUCGUGCUCUCGGCCAGCUCUGUGGUGCUCCAUGUCAGCAAGCGCUGGUCGACACUUCGAAUCGGCGCCCAAGCCAAGAUGGCAGUCGCCUUUGCCGUGGCCUUCCUCGUGGGUACGAUCAUGCUCGCUGACAGCUCGCACUACCGCUAUUGCCACCGCAGCGCCAACGUGAGCUGCGAGGCGCUCGAGUGGAGCAUGACGACGCUGUUUGUGCUCUCGAUGCUCUGUGGCGUCGACGCAGUGCUGCAGUACGACCAGGUGCACGCGGCGCCCGAAGACAUGCCGCUCACGCCGAACGCCAAGCCUAGCGCUACGAUGCGCAUGGAAGCUGCGACGCCCGUCUAGGGUAUAGGAGGCGUUUUGUGAUGAGCUAUAAGCUAUAAGCUUGAAGCGGAGAUGUGUGUACGAACACUGAUCGAACGUUGCCUCAAGG